GGUUGCGGUGCCGGGGCUAGAGCAGCGGCUGUGGAAGAAGUAACUUCAGCUGCCGCCCUUAAGGGAGUGAGUCGCCUGGAGCCAUGGAGGGCCAGAGUGUGGAGGAGCUGCUGGCAAAGGUGGAGCGGGACGAGGCAGAGAAGCUGCAGCGCAUCACGGUGCACAAGGAGCUAGAGGUAGAAUUUGACUUGGGUAACCUGCUGGCUUUGGACCGGAACCCCCCAACGGGGCUGCGGCACGCGGGAUCUACUCCAGAGGCCGAGCUGCGGGCCCUGGCGCGAGACAACACGCAGCUGCUCAUCAACCAACUGUGGCAGCUGCCCACCGAGCGCGUGGAAGAGGCGCUGGUGGCGCGACUGCCCGAGCCCACCACGCGCCUGCCGCGUGAGAAGCCGGUGCCCCGGCCGCGGCCCCUUACACGCUGGCAGCAGUUUGCACGCCUCAAGGGCAUUCGUCCCAAGAAGAAGACCAAUUUGGUGUGGGACGAGGUGAGCGGUCAGUGGCGGCGUCGCUGGGGCUACCAACGCGCCCGGGACGACACCAAGGAAUGGCUGAUCGAGGUGCCCGGAAGCGCCAACCCCAUGGAGGACCAGUUCGCCAAGCGUGUUCAGGCCAAGAAAGAAAGAGUGGCCAAAAACGAGCUGAACCGGCUGCGGAACCUGGCCCGCGCGCACAAGAUGCAGUUGCCCAGCACGGCCGGCAUGCAUCCUACCGGACACCAGAGUAAGGAGGAGCUGGGCCGCGCCAUGCAAGUGGCCAAGGUCUCCACCGCCUCUCUGGGGCGCUUCCAGGAGCGCCUCCCCAAGGAAAAAACACCCCGGGGCUCCGGCAAGAAGAGGAAGUUUCAGCCCCUUUUUGGGGACUUUGCAGCCGAGAAAAUGAGCCAGUUGGAGCUGCUUCGGAUCAUGAACAGCAAGAAGCCUCAGCUGGACGUGACGAGGGCCACCAAUAAGCAGAUGAGGGAAGAGGACCAGGAGGAGGCCGCCAAGAGGAGGAAAAUGAGCCAGAAGGGCAAGAGGAAGGGGGGUCGGCAGGGUCCUGCGGGCAAGAGGAAAGGGGGACCGCCCAGCCAGGGAGGCAAGAGGAAAGGGGGCGUGGGAGGCAAGAUGAAUUCCGGGCCGCCUGGCUUGGGUGCCAGGAGGAAAGGAGGACAGCACCAAGGGAGAAAGAGGAGGAAGUAAUAGUUCCACUCUCAGAGCCGUUCUGUAAACCAAGAACUAUGUUAUAUUAAAUAAGUUCUAGGAAACGUACGGGAAUGCAGAAGGAAGUGGCCGCUACCUUCACUGAGCUUAAAGGGACAGAAUUGCCCUCCCUUCAAGAGAGAACGUUAAAGUGUUGGACUCUACAAAUUAAUAUUUUCCCACAACUGAGACUGGCUUGAGAUUAAAGGAUUUGAGGUAUUUGAGGACGUAAGAAUUUGGGAAAUAAUUUGGUCCAAAUUGGAAGUGAGUUCUAUUCUUAAACAGCUAUCUCUUUAAUUUUGAAUAUGGGGCGAGGGGGAGUUGCUCAUGUUUCAGACACUCCCAACAGACUGGUUUGUACAUUUUUGCAUUAUUUUUAUAGCAAGCUUGUGUAUUUGUCAAAGUAGGGGGAAAGGAAAGAUUACAAAUAUUUUCAAAAGUGGACUUACAAGUAACUGUUGUAAAUGUUAUUUAAUAAAAAUGUGGAUGUGUCUAG